UAUUAUUAUUAUUAUUUGAACACAGAUGUUGGCACAAGGGGGCACCAAAUACACACGCACCACACAAAUCUCAUUUGAUACUAGUCUUCAUCAGACACGGUGCUUGCUGUCCAUACUAUAAAACUAAUUUCCUGGACAAUAAGUAGAGCUUACUGUUAAACCAAUUGAUUGUACGGUUUAUUGUUUAAAUUUCCUGGAUUUUAAGGCUCGUAUCUAGUCACAAUGCCUCAAUUAUUUGUUUUCUUUCUAUGUGAUCUGUCUUCAUAUAUUUUCAACCGCUUUUUCUUUCCCCCUUCCAUUUUCGGAAUAUGCCUUUUAGCUUACAAUAAGAGUUUCCUUACCCAAACUACCUUUUAUAAAUUAAGAGUUGGGUACAUUGCAUGUGUGACUUUGACCUGUUCAUUCCCUUGACUUUUUAGAAUCUGUUUAAAUCAUUAAGUUGUCGUUCCAAACGUUUGUCAUCUUUGAACAAUGGCCACCGUGUCUAAACACAAGAAAGUGAGGAUCAUGAAACAGAAGUUGAAACUUUUUCGAGCCAAUGAACCAUUAAAAAGUGUACUGAUGUGGGGCAUAAAUUAUUCGUUUUCCGCUCUAAAUCAUGUGAAGCAACGUGCACUGUUAUUGAAAGACGAUUUCAAAGCAUAUAUGAAAGUGAAGGUUAAUAACCACCAUUUUAACAAGGAGAAUAUGCCUAGUAGAUUCAAGUUUAAGGAGUACUGUCCAAUGGUGUUCAAGUCAUUACGAGAUCGAUUUGGAGUUGACAAGAUGGACUAUUGGGACUCUUUCACCAGACACCAACCAUUGUGGGAUAGUACGCGUGGAAAAUCUGGAUCGAAAUUUCUAGUCACGUAUAACCGACAAUUUGUAGCCAAAACAAUCAGUUCAGAAGAAGUUGAACAAAUGCAUCAAAUGUUAGAAGAAUAUUAUUCUUACAUUGUCAAAGGACACGGCCAAACACUGCUUCCUCAAUUUCUUGGACUUUAUCGACUUACAGUGAAUGAUCAGGAGUCGUAUAUCUUAGUAAUGAGGAAUGUGUUCAGCCCAAGACUUGCGAUUCACAAGAAAUAUGAUUUGAAGGGCUCAGCUGUGGAUCGUGAAGCCAACGAAAAGGAGAAGUCGAAGCCCUUGCCAACUCUGAAAGAUGCAGAUUUUCUAACAGAUUUGUGCAAAAUGCAUAUUGGUGAAGAGUCUAAAAAGAAGAUGUUGAGUACUCUGGAAUGUGAUAUACAAUUCUUACAGGAGAACAAUCUGAUCGACUACAGCCUUCUUAUUGGGGAUGCUGGUGAUGACGGUGAAGGGACUGGUGGUGGUGUGUUGGAGCCUAACAGUCGAGGCUUCGAUGAUAGGAUGGUGUCUGCAGGUGACGGUCUUGGAACACUUAGCUCACAAUGGCAAUGUGGUCGUUUGUCGAUGGCUAGAUCAAGUAUUGUGCUUGGUUUGAGCUCGUCAGCAGCUGCCGAGGCUGCUAGUUGUGGUGUUGGUACUGGGAAUGCGAGCACAGGUGAUGAUGACGAUGAAGAGGAGGACGGGAUCAGUAUACCAGAGAACAAUACACAAGUCCCUACAAGUGAAUUGACCCCACCGGAUAGUCCACCUGGUGCAGAAUGUCUACCUCAAUUAUUCUCAGGUGAAUUGCAUCCUACUUUGGAACAUUAUGGAAUCAAAAGUUCAAUUGAUUCUCCUCAUCCACUGAUCUAUUUUGUGGCUAUUAUCGACAUACUAACUCGUUAUGGGAUGCGUAAACGUACAGCGCAAACUUACAAAACAGUGAAACAUGGUGCUGAUGGUGGUUCUGUGAAGCCGGAAUUCUACGGUCGUCGUUUGUUGGAAUUUGUUGAACAGUGCAUUGACUGA